AUGCUUUCAAACAAGUCAUGCGAGAACAUCACCAAAAUCGAUGUGAAUGGGAAUCCAGUGCUGAGCACUGUGAUGUUCAUCGCCGGGGUGGUUGGCAACCUCAUGGCUUUGGCUAUCCUGGGUGUCCACCAGAAGGAGCAUCGAACAAAGUCCUCAGUCUUCUGCAUUCUCGUGACGGGUCUGGCUCUGACAGAUCUGCUGGGAACGUGUUUACUCAGUCCACCGGUUUUCGUUAGCUAUGCCAAGAACACAUCCCUGGUGGGUCUGACGGGAGAUCAGCGGCUGUGCAACCUCUUCGCCUUCGCCAUGACGUUCUUCGGCCUGGCCUCUAUGUUCAUACUCUGUGCUAUGGCAGUGGAGCGGUGCCUCGCCAUCAGUCACCCGUAUUUCUACUCCAAACACGUACGGCGCAGCUUCGCUAAGAUCGUCCUCUUCCUCAUCUAUCUCUUUACCUUCGCAUUCUGCUUGCUGCCUUUCUUCGGAUACGGGCGGCACAAGCAGUACUGCCCAGGAACGUGGUGUUUUAUCAAGAUGGAGGCAGAGGGAGAAGGUGAGGAUGAGGAGAGGAGAACACUAUCCUUUUCGCUGUCCUACUCCGUCCUCAUGGCACUGCUCAUCGCUGUAGUGUUCUUGUGCAACGGUUCGGUCAUCGUCAGCCUCUGCCGCAUGCACCGGAGCCAGCUGACGCGUCGGGGUUCGGUGGUGUCGGCCGGACGCAAGAGGAGGCUGAGCACCUGGUUUGGACAGGGAGAGGAGGAAAUGGACCAUUUACUGCUUCUGGCCUGCAUGACCUUCAUCUUCGUCAUUUGCUCCUUGCCUCUGACUAUCUGUGGCUUUCUGAACGCUAUUAGUCCGGUUGGGAAUGAUCGGCAGAAUCUAAUGGCUUUCCGCUUCUCUGCAUUUAACCCCAUCUUGGACCCCUGGAUCUUCAUCAUCUUCCGUAAGGCAGUCUUCAACCAUAUCCGGGAAUUCUUUCACUGCUGCUUCCCCAGAGAUGCAGUAAAGACCACAGCUCAAAACUCCCUGUCCUUCCCCAUGGAGGCUGGAGACGUCAAACACAGCUCCAGCAUCCAGAGCAAGAUCUACUGCAGCCUCCCUCAGUGAGGCCUUGAUGAGAGACAACGCAUCUAUGACGGUGUGCACUGAGAUAUAUCGUGACCAUGAGACUUCAAAGCCUGAAAAGUCUUCCUGAAUGUGUGUACUAGAACCAAAUAUUUAAGCAUUGACAGCAGAGGACCUGUGAUGGUGUUCAUGGUGAUGGAAAGGAAAUGUACUCUAAAUGUGUGAAAUAACGCCCAUCGCUAAACAGGCUCUUCCGUGCAUGUA